AUGUCCGUACAACAAUGCACGGUGCAGAGUGGUCCUCUGUCACCUGUCUCGGCCUUCCCGGCCGUACGCUUCCUGUACAAUUACCUCGUCGCCUUGGACUCGCUCGACUUUGCAUCCCACGCUCCCUCCCGCUUCUUCGCAGACGCCGCAACCUUCUACCACGCCGACAACUCCGUCACCCGCUCCAGCGAAGCAAUAUGGAACUCGACGAAAUCCUCCUUCGCGCAAUUCGAGUUUAUGUUCCACCAAACGUGCAUCACGCGCAUCUUCGGGACGGACCUCAAGACUUCCACCCCGGGCCAGAUGCUUAUUAUCUCAUUGCAGACGAUAAUGCUGUGCCGGCUAAAGAACUGGGAGGAGGAGCGAAUGGUCCAAGUGCCGAAGACGUUCGACUUCGUCAUCGGCCCAGUCGAACCGAGAAGGAGAAGAAACGAGAGGGCGGCCGAUGAGCACGCCGAGGGCGCCGCGCAAGGGGACGACGAAGGAGAGGGUGUUGCGAACGAAGACGAAGACGCUCCGCCGGCCGGAGCCGCCCAAGAACAAGACCAAUUAGACCAAGAGGACAACGAGAGCGACAGAGGCUGCGAGGGCCUCCACAUCUACGAGGCGCGCGAGUGGUGGGAUACCGGCGUGCUGGCGAGAGCAAUCGCGGAGAAGGAGAAGGAGGACGAGAAGAAGCGCUUCCGCUCGUUCCUGACCACCUGCAAUGGCUUCCUGGGCCAGGGCCGCCGAAACUCCUAG